UUUAUCAAACAUAGAACGGAGCUUCGAAACACGCGCUCUGAUUGGUCUCUGUCUAUCUUACAGAGUGAGUACACAGUCAAAGUUUAGGUCUGGUCCGUCGCCUAUAAAAUCUGCCUUCCAGAACUUGAAUGAUUAGUGAUUUAUUGCCAAUAGAACCUUGCAGUUCAUUGUCUCGCCAUGAGUCAGAAUGGGAAAGAAUCUUCUUCCAAACAACAUCAUCAUCAUCAUUCUAAUCAUUUUCAUGAUUCUGUUGAUGACAUAACCACAUUACCGACAGAGAGUUCGGGUGCUGAGAAGGAAGCCCGGAACUCCGCAGAUAAUAAUGAAACUGAAUUCACAUCCGAUUCUGACAAAUUUUCCGAUGCCGAAGAAAUGUCCAAAGGUCAGAGAAAGGAUACAGAAGUAGAUGCUGAAGUUAGAGAUUCGAAUGCGAAGAAACAGAAACACUCGUCUGCUAGAGGAGACGAGGCAAAGAAAACGAAAAUCGAAAAGGAAAAGAACAAGAAAGAAAAGAAUACAAAGAAGGAAGAGGCCAAGAAAGUAAAGAACACAAAGAAGGAAAAGACCAAAGAAGUAAAGAACACAAAAAAGGAAGAGACGAAGGAAGACAAGAAAGAAGAAAAGAAUACAAAGAAGGAAGACACCAAAGAAGAAAAGAAUGCAAAGAAGGAAGACACCAAAGAAGAAAAGAAUGCAAAGAAGGAGGACAUCAAAGAAGUAAAGACCACCAAGAAGGAAGAGACCAAGAAGAAGACGAGAGCAGUGGAAGAGCAGGAUCCCACCGCCGACGAAGAUUCUGAUCCAUAUAGGCUCAUGUUGUUCCACCGCUUGACAGAGUUUCCGGCGAUAAUGUGCAUCCUCAACCAGUAUCAGCAAGCGAGGGUCGGGGGUCUCAUGUCCAUGCCGAUUGCUCUAAUGGAAUUUUGCCUGGCAAUGGCCACCUUACCAGCCACUGCGAUAGUUGUUCCAGUCUCGCACAUCUGCAGCACUCCAAUUUUCGUCGCGGACUGGUGUCUGUGCAAAGGUCUGGAUGUAGUACAAGCAGUAUGUCCGUGCCUUGCAGUGCCUCCCGAAAAAAAAAUUAAAAAGCGUAAAACUCCGAAAAACUCUAAGAAAUGUGAAUAAAUCAGUUCUAUGAUUCAACCAGUUACCUACUGGCAAGAUUGAACUCCUUGUACGGAUAUCUUGGUGGAGAGUCAAUUUGUGAGCAGAAUAUUCAAUUUCAUAACUUCGAAAGUUUCAAAUAUUAAAACGUUUUUAAUUAAAAAUAAUAGUAAUAAAUAACG